AGCCCAUAACUUUUACAAUAGAUACAUGUCACUGGUUUGAAGUGCUUUCUUCUAGAACAUCUAUCUGAAAUCUACCCUUAAGAUUACAUCUAAACAACCAGUAAGCAGAGAAAUCAUAUGCAAUCAUUCAUGUAUAGCAUAUAAAUAAUAUAUGUGUGACAUGCUCACCAAGAAGCCAAUGGAUUCAAAGACAAACAAAUCCACAAGUAAAGAAAUCAACAGGGGAGCAUGGACAGCUGAAGAAGAUGAAAAGCUAGCCGAAGCUAUCGAGAUACACGGUCCUAAAAAGUGGACCGUCGUUGCAGCUAAAUCAGGCUUGCAGAGGUGUGGCAAGAGUUGUAGGCUAAGAUGGCUAAACUAUUUGAGACCAAAUAUCAAGAGAGGAAAUAUAUCUGAUCAAGAAGAGGACUUGAUUAUUAGGCUGCAUAAACUUUUAGGAAACAGGUGGUCACUAAUUGCUGGAAGACUACCGGGCCGAACGGAUAAUGAGAUAAAGAACUAUUGGAAUUCUCAUUUAAGCAAGAAGAAGGAGAUGAUGGAAAAACAAACUGGUAAUUAUUCAACAAGAAACUGUUUGAAAUCAAGGGCGAGGAGGGGGGUAGAGAUAGGCGGAACGGAGGUGAAAGAAGAGGAUGGUAUCGCGGGCAUAGAUGAACAUGGAGUUGAAAGUUCAAAGGUUAAGUUUAAUGUUGAUGAGUUUUUUGAUUUCUCAAAUGAAGACCCUUUAACUUUGGAUUGGGUUAACAGUUACCUUGCAGGUACAAGUUGUGUGUUUCUGUAAAUAAGAAACUUUUACUUCUUACUUUGUAUGCAUCAUCUAGUUCAGAAAAUAAUUAUAAAUUAUAUGCUAGUGUAUUUCUACUGAUUACAAUGUAAUAAAAAACUAAAUGAUGGCAUGCAUUCCAUGUUAGUAUA